AUGGAUCACAGCGCUGAAACAUCCACUUUUGAAGAUUUUGAAAACCGGCCUUUAAAGAAAGCAAAAAAUUAUGAAUCAAGUGUUUUGGAUGAUCCAUUGACAUCACCUUCCAUCUCAGCAUCAUCUAUGAUUUCAGAUCUUCAGAUAAAUGGUGAUCCAUUGGCAUCACCACCAUCAACAACCAAUUCGACAUCAUCUACAGUUUCUGAAAUUAUGAAAGAAGAAAAAGCUUCAGCAGCUCCCUCACCUCUCUCGCGGUCUCGUUCUGGAUCUCACCGAUCCUCCCCGCCGGCGUGCUCCUGCCACAGCCCAAAUCUCAGCUCCCUCACCAACUCCCUCCUCCCUUCCCUCGCCGACAAAUCCACCGGCCUCACAACUGCCGUCUCCUGGAUCCGGGCCAACCUCGCCACCCCGGCCACCAACGUCACCCUCCUCCUCGCCGGCAACGAGAUCCUCCCCUCCCCGGACCCAAACCUCAUCCUCUCCCUCCUCCCCGCCAUGCGCCGCCUCGCCCAAGCCCUCAAAUCCGAAGGCUUCCCCUCCAUCCGCGUCUCCACCCCGCACUACCUCGGCAUCCUGGCCCCCUCCGACGGGAUCCCCACCAACGCCACCUUCCGCGCCGGCUACAACACCAAGCUCUUCCCAUCCAUGCCGCAGUUCCACCGUGAGACUAAACCCCCCUUCAUGGUCAACCCGUACCCUUACUUCAGCUACAACCCGCAGACUCUCAACUACACGUUGUUCCGCCCCAACGCUAGGAUCUACGACCCGGCCACCAAGCUCAACUACACCAGCAUGUUCGAGGCGCAGAUGGACGCGAUCUACACGGCCAUGGUCAAGCUUGGGUACGGGGAUGUGGAGGUCGCCAUCGGGGAGGCCGGGUGGCCGACGCAAGCCGAGGCGGACCAGGUCGGGGUUGGGGUGAAGGAGGCGCAGGAUUUUAAUGAAGGGAUGUUGAGGGUUUGCAGCAGUGGCAAGGGGACGCCAUUGAUGCCCAACAGGACUUUCGAGACGUAUCUGUUUUCCUUGUUUGAUGAGAACCAGAAGCCUGGACCCGUUGAUGAGCGGCAUUUUGGGCUGUUCAAUCCGGAUUUCACUCCUGUUUAUGAUCUCAGGCUGCUCACCGAUGGCAAGGGCAGUGUCUGA